GUGCAGCCGUCGGGGCGUCACGGGCCUACGCAGGCAAGGGUCGAGGCCGGGUGUGGCCGCCGCGGUCCCUCAAACAGCGCCCAGACCCAGCUAAGGGACCAACUGCGGAGGCGACCCGCGGCCUGCCGCGGAGACCAGGGCCCUCUGCAGGCGAGAAAGCCGCGGCUAGCUUUCACCGCGCGGGCACGCUCGGUCCCUUCAUCCGCCCGCCCCGGUACUCGCCGCUGCGCCUGCGCAGCUUCUGCCCUUCCCGCCUCCUGACCGGAAGUUGCCCGACUUCCCAUAGUGCCUCGCGAGUGGCGGGCAUGAUAACAGAGCGGUCGGGGUAGCUCGCGGACUUCAGGUGUCAUUACCUUGGCCAUUCAUUACAGCCGUGGCCAGGCCUGUGUGUUGUCCGCCGGUGCGAUGGCGCUCCUCCGGGGUGUGUGGGGCGUGCUGAGGGCUCUGGGACGGUCCGGAGCAGAGCUGUGCGCCGGCUGUGGAAGUAGACUGCGCUCUCCCUUCAGUAUUGUGUAUGUUCCGAAAUGGUUCUCAUCUACCUUGAAUGGAUAUCCUAAGAAACCUGUCAAUUCAUACAUUCGAUUUACUAAAGAAAAGAUGAGCAUACUUAAAGCUCAGAAUCCAGAUAAAAAAGUUACAGAAAUAAUGAAAAGAAUUGCAGAACAAUGGAAGGAACUUCCUGCUGCAGAGAAAAAAAUGUAUGAAGACGCUUAUAAGGUGGAGUGGGAGGCAUACAAAGAAGAGAUGAAGAGAAUUAAUGAAGCACUAACUCCAGCUCAGAGAGCAUCUUUAGCAGAAAAUAAAGCACAAAGACGUUUAAAAAGGAAAGGAAUAAUGAAAAAGAAAGAGUUAUCAAUGCUUGGAAAACCAAAAAAAGCUCGCACAGCUUAUAACAUUUUUUUAUCUGAAUAUGUUCAAGACUGUGAAGGUGCUACAAUACAGGCAAAAUGGAAGUGUGCACGUGAAAACUGGAAUAAUAUGUCUGGUUCUCAGAAGCAAGUGUAUGAACAACUUGCCCAAGAUGAUAGAAUUCGUUAUAAUAAUGAAAUAAAGGCAUGGGAAGAACAGAUGAUUGAAGUUGGACGAAGUGAUGUUGUACGUCGCAAGACAUAUUUACAAAAUAGGAUGACAAAGGACAAAGAAGACUGAGUUAUGCCCCUCAUGGAUGGGCACAAGAAACCAAUUAGGUCUCAAUAUCAGAGAGUAAAACUAAAAUUAGAAAGAAUAAUGUUGGUAAACAUUUUGUAUUCAAUUGCUUCUUUAUCUCCUGGACUGCUGCCAUUUGAAGAUAUUUUGUGGUAGUAUUUCGAAAACCCAAACAGAUGAAAGUUCAUGCAGAAUUUUAUUUCGUGUUUAAGAAGUACUGGGGAUCAGAGUAAUUCAAGCAAAUGUAGCAGUGAAUCAUUUUACCUUUAGUAAGGUAAAUCAGUCUGUGAAGUUUUUUUUUAUACUGGAUAACAAUUACGGAAAUAGUAUUCUUAUUUCUGAUACUAUGGGGGCGGGAGUUUCUUUUCAAAAUGGUCACAAAUUGUGGGAGCCACAGUGUUCUACGAUAGAAUGCUAAUUUGAAAAUUUGAAAAAAAGGAACCAGAACCCUGUGUGGUGGGGCACACUUGGAAACCCAGUGCUUGGGAGGCUGAAGUGGAGUCGCCAUGAAUUUGAGGCAGCCUGGGCUACAGAGCAAGUUCAAGGCCAGCUUGGAAUGUGAAGUGAGACCCCAUCUCAAUAAAAAAGAGCCAGACUGACUUAGGUAAAUUCUAAUUCUUACAUAUAAUUCAUACUGUAUUUGGAAUUGACGGUUGUAUAUGCAAGUGAUUGUUCAGUGACUACUUUUUAUAAAAGGGAUGGAGAGAUUUAAAACCCUUUUUCUCAUUAUCUUUUUCCUAAAGUACAGUUAUGUACCAAUAUGUAUGCAUAUUGGUUUAUUUUACAUAGAAUAAAAAUUUUAAUGCUUUGUUUUACAUGUUUCUGAAUUAAACAUUUUAACAUUCA